CCCUGGUGGGAGGCGUCUCAGAGGAGGAAUAUGUACAAGUUUAAACAAGUUCUCAAAGCAGGAGGUCAGACGGGAGCUAAUAUAAAUGUGCUGCCGUUUGCGCGGGGUAACAGGGGCCAAGAAAACAUAUCCCUCUCUAUCUAGCUCUGACCUCCAACUCUUCAAAGCGCCUGACAGACACACCGAGCAGCACCCGAUGUAGCGCGCGCCACGUGCCAUGGCCACUCGCGAGGGCUGCCACUGUCCGGGCGCCGGGGGUCAAAACAAUAAUAACAGCAUCCUGUACCAUAUACUGAAGAACGACAGACUCACGACCACCGAGGAACAACAAACAACACCAAAACCACAACCACAACAACACCAACAGCAUCGCUGGCACAGGGUCUCCUCCUGUUCCUCCUCUUCUUCCUCUUCGUCGCGGCUUGAGCUAAGGCAACAACAGGCAUGCUCGUGCGGCUCCUCACGGCGAAGGGGGUCUCUCCGGUCCCCGCAGGUUACCUGCAAAGCCGCAUCGGCGGUCCUCGUGAAGACUCUGCGGUUCGUGAAGAACGUGCCGUGUUUCCGYGAGCUGCCGGAGGAUGACCAGCUGCUGCUCGUUCGGAACUGCUGGGCGCCGCUGCUGGUGCUGGGCUUCGCGCAGGACCGGGUAGACUUCGAGACCACUGAGACUGCAGAGCCCAGCAUGUUGCAACGGAUCCUGACCGGUGGCUCUGGCAGCCAGAGCGGCUUAACGGACAGACAGGGUGAACCGCUGCUGGAGCAGAGCACGGAAACUCCUGGGGUCUCUCUCGCGGAUAUCCAGGGCAUCAAAGCGUUCCUGAAGAAGUGUUGGGGUUUGGACAUCAGUACCAAGGAGUAUGCCUACAUCAAAGGAGCGGUGCUCUUCAACUCAGAUCUCCCAGGUUUGCGCUACCUCCACUACAUCCAGUCACUGCGGCGCGAGGCUCACCAGGCGCUCAACGAGCACGUUAAGCUGAUCCACCGGGACGACACCACACGCUUCGCCAAGCUGCUCAUCACCCUGUCCAUGCUGAGGGCCAUCAGCCCUCCUGUGGUUGCACAGCUCUUCUUCAAGCCCGUCAUCGGAGCUGUCAACAUGGAGGAUGUCCUACUGGAGAUGUUCUAUGGGAAGUAGAUGCUUUCCAUGGUCUCGUGCAGAAACAACACUUAGAUAUGGCCCCCUAUAAGUUAUAGGCACUUCUAGCCCCUACUCCCUAGAAACUUAACCUUGCCCCUAGCCCAGGGUUUUGGAUUUUGCCCUAACACUACACAGCUGAUUCAAAUAAUCAACUAAUCAGGGUUUGAUCAUUUGAAUCAGCUGUGUAGUGUUAGGGCAAAAACCAAAACGUGCCCCUUGAGGUCCCGAGGACUGAGUUUGGGAAACGCUGCCCUAGCCCUUACCCCCACUUCCCCUAGCCCCUUACCCCUACCUCCUAGCCCCUACCCUCUACAUACUUCAUGUAUAUCUGACAUUAUUGUAUAGAAAUAAGCAAUACGGCAGCUCCACUCUGCCCUCUGGUAGGCUAUAAAGGAACAGUUUUGCUAUGUUACAUCGAUCCAAUCUUCAGAUCAACACCUGUGGGGUUGGUUCUGGACUGGACCUUAAUAUCUAAAGGACAGACAAACAGAAUGUAAAUCKAACUAACUGUUAACCAACCGUUMGAUCUCAAUGGACCGUUGAACAGAAGGAUAGACAAAGGAUGAGAUUUGUUUGUUUUGUUAAAGAUGUUUUGAACACUGGUGGGUGAAGAACAGUCGGGGCAAAGGGGUGUGUGUUUUGGGAUGGGGAGGGGUGAAGGAGAGGAUACAGACCAAGAAGAGAUGCUGAUCGGACUCUAACUUAUUUCUUUUUACAUAAAACUAUUUUUGUAUAAUAAAAGUAUUCUCUGAA